AGUUCACUCACUCUAUCCGCUGCUAGCCUAAAACUACGCCGUAUUCGUAAACGGGCGGUGUCUCUUUCCCCAAAUUACGCCGUUUUUUUUUCUAACGUGCGCCAUGAGUCUUCUUGAUCAUCUCUGGGACGACACCGUUGCUGGUCCUCUUCCGGAAAACGGCCUCGGGAAGCUACGGAAGAAACCGAGCUACGGUCUCCGGCCAAACUCCGGCAAGGAAUCUGAUGGUAGCGGUGGUAGCGUGAUGAGGUCGUACGGUGGUGAAGCGACGACGGAGGAGACGAAGAAAGUGACAAGGAGUAUCAUGAUAGUAAGACCACCGGGAUACCAGAAUAACGGUUCCUCUGCUACUCCCCCGGCGUCACCAGCUGGUUCUACUCCUCCGGCGUCUCCUUUCUCUGGAAGCAGAGAGUCCUUUCGGUUUCGAAGAAGGUCUACGUCGGACGCAUACGAGAAGACAACCGAGGUUGGACCCAGAAUUCCUACUUCUCCUUACGGCGAAUGAUAUAUGAGCCCUUUACAUCUUCUCAGGCAUCUCUAAGUAUUUUCUCACCUCUCUACGUCCUGUUUGUCUGGGUUUGUAGUGUAUCCAAGUGCGUGUUUUGUGUAGUUGAUAAAAAUGCCGCGUUUCGAACCUUAUGCCUACGUGUUGAUGGCCAGUGAAACGGGUCGUAAGUUGUAAUAUAUAUGUAGAGUUGGUAUUCCACAAUGCAGCUUCUCGUUGUCUCUCUGUA